AUGGCGUGGGAUGAUCCGCCAAAGUCUUCGAAGCCAUGGCCUCUCCUAGAGGCGGAGGAAAUGGGAGACCUAGGACAUGUGACUCCAGGAAAGGAAGAGAAUCGGCAACAGGUCAGGCCGCUUCAAACGACGUCUGGUCAAAGUUCAACAAAACGUGAUGAGAAUUCUCUUGAAGAGCCUGAUCCAAUGGACGACGAGGAAGCAUUUUAUAAGAGAUUCGGCCGUCCGCCGACCUAUUGUGACUCACGGAAUGAUGUUCACAGGAAGAAGCAUAACUGGCUUUCAAUAUCCAUCUUGAUUCUUUCAUUCUACUCCACAGGACUGAGCUGCCUCUGGCUCGUCGUGGCUAUUGUGCAGCCGCGUUGGGGCCCCCAAAUCUCAUCAAGCGGUGGCAUCCUACCAGCAACAGCAUCUUUGGUAUGCGCAAUGUUCGCCAAGACGAUUGAAAUAUCUUUCGUGACCGUGUUUGUUACCUUUAUCGGUCAGGUAUUAACACGCCGCGCAUUCGUGAGAAGGUCAGAGGGCAUGACCUUGGCUGAGAUGACAAUGAGGAACUGGGUUAUUCAACCUGGAUUUCUGAUCACACAUUGGGAGACUUUGCCGUACGCCGGUAUGACCCUUCUCGGAGUAGUGUCUCUCGUUGCAACCAUUGCUUCAACGUUUUACACAACUGCGUCAGACGCCAUGAUCACGCCCAAACUCAAAUUCGGCGAGUGGGAGACCAAGACAUUGAGCGGCUAUGUCCUGGCGUCCUACAUGAACCCCCCUUAUGCGCGUGAAACCUGCCCGACACCGUUGCGAGAUAGUGACCCAUUGGGUGUUGAUAUCGCAGGAAACGCUUGCCUUGAAGUGCAAUAUGCUGGUCAAUCAUACCGCAACUUGGUCUCGUUUCUAGGUGACUGGGAAGCCAUCAAUCGCAACGGCACAAGCGCUGCUGUUGACGUUCAAGAUCGUCCAGUUGGAACGGCGUUGCUGUACGACAACACAACUCUCACUUCGACUUGGAUUGAGACGACCAAUAGUAACACGACUGAGCAACACGAGCGGUUCGGCAGGAUAAUUAACAAUGUGACACUCGCAAUGCCUCACCCGAGUGUCUAUGAUGCAGCAACGAAUCCCGUCAACAAGAUUCUUCAGCCGAAUGACUUAUCAGGCGUUGGCGAGUACGGCAUCAGAGCGAGCGUGGUCUCGCCGGCACUGAAUGUCAUGUGUGUCAACAUGUCUCCCGAGGAAUUGGAGCCACUGAUUUAUACAGCGUGGCCCGUUGCCGAGUUUUACUACGACCACACGACAGUUCCAGGUCAGAAAACCGGUCCAUCGGACUGGGAGAGAUAUGUUCCCAGCCCUUCGGAAACUGAGUGGCUGAAUCGAACGUCGGUGGAUGAAAUCUUUCGCUGGGGCGAGGACUAUGGGCGACGGCCGCCGGUGUUCCCGCUUUACCCUGAGGACUACAACAUGAUAACCAACACAUCGGUAGUGGGCGACGCUAUCUACUUACUCACAAAGUCAGCUUCCAUCACGGAUUAUACUCUUUGCGAGAUGAGAUCCUGGGUGUCACCUAACUGCUCAACUCAUUUCAACAUCUCGGGCACAGCUGGAGCACACAUGCAAGCGCACUGCGAUGACCCCGACGAUACGGACAGCUACACCAACGUCCACACCGAAGUCACGGAAUCUACCCCCGUGACGGACUGGAGGAACAUUGCGGAUCAAUGGCGCCUGUCAAUGGACAUCAACGGCGGAGCCCAAAACAACAACGCCUCCAACGCCCGCAUCCUCACCCAACUCGUCCUCCAAGAGCCGCAGCUCAACCCCCUCCUCCCGUCGAUAGCCGAAGCCCUCGCCGUCUACGCCUCAUCAACACUUAUCAUCGGCGGUCUCAACACCCCCUUCGAACACUACUGGCGCCACGAAAAGACGCAGCUCGGCGCGCCGGGUAGCCUAGACCCCUUCAACGCCUCGAUCCGCACACAGGAAUACACCUCGGGUCACAGCGCUGAGUGGCAAAAGUGCUUCUACCUCGUCCUCGCCCUCGUUUUUGUGAUCAACAUCAUCUGCCUCGCCUACCUCCUCUCCCGCUCCGGCCUGGUGACGGACUUUACAGAGCCGCAGAACCUGUUUGCGCUGGCCGUCAACUCGCCGCCGAGCGAGCAGCUCAAGGGCAGCUGCGGCGGCGGGCCGGUCAAGAGGGAUCUGGUUGUGCCGUGGCGCGUUGCGUACACGAGCGGUGCAAAUCACUACUUUUUCGAAGAGGCGAACGAUAGGCCGUGGCGCGGCAAGUAUUCCAAGCAGGACUUGUCUGCUGAUACGGGGUACCAUGGACAAGAGCGGAGUAGUUAUAAGCGGCUGAGCACGAGGAAUACAUGGUUAUGA